AAAAAGACGGCGAUCCUGAUUUCGGUCAGUGGGGAAAGAGCCCUCCAGCUGGCGCGGAACAGCAUCCACCAGGUUGUAGAAAACAGUAUUUACCUGUCACUUGGCACCAUGAUGGCAUCAGGAAAGAAGUUUUAGGGAGAUACACAUUUGAUGUUGAAUUCUUGAUCCUGGAGAAAAGGAGACCCUGUCACAAUGAGCCAGACCCCCGAGGCCAGGGCUAGAGACAAUCAGACAAGACAGAUACAAGAGAGUGUUAACAAUGUGGAAAAACAUUUUGGAGAGCUGUGCCAAAUUUUCGCCGGAUAUGUCCGUAAAACUGCUAGGCUUAGAGACAAAGCUGACCUACUUGUGAGAGAAGUCAAUACAUAUGCAGACACGGAAACACCAACUGUAAAACUUGGUCUGAAAAACUUUGCUGAUGAGCUCGCCAAACUGCAGGAUUACCGUCAAGCUGAGGUUGAGAGACUUGAAUCGAGAGUAGUGGAACCUCUAAAAAGCUAUGGUAGUAUAAUCAAGCUUAAAAGGGAGGACCUUAAAGUGACUUUGACUGCUAGGAACCGAGAAGCAAAACAAAUGGCUCAGCUAGAAAAAACUCGCCAGAGAAAUCCAUCAGAUCGGCAAAUUAUAUCACAGGCUGAAACAGAACUGCAAAGGGCAACAAUGGAUGCAUCAAGAAUUAGCCAGCAGCUUGAAGAAACGAUUGACAAUUUUGAGAAACAAAAAAUGAAAGAUAUAAAGAAACUAUUUACAGAGUUUGUAAGUAUCGAAAUGGUGUUCCAUGGAAAAGCUCUGGAGGUGUUAACAGCAGCAUAUCAGCAUAUUCAAGACAUUGAUGAGGAAGAAGAUCUUGAGGUCUUCCGUAAUUCACUCCAUCCACCGGAUUUUCAGUCUCGGUUAGAUAUCGUUCGUGCCAACUCCAGAACUGGCUCAACAAGCAGAGGGCCAUCUGUCAUAUCAAACAUGUUUUCCCAUGACGGUAUCCCUUCUGGUUAUAACCGAGCAGUGUGAUGUUGCCAUUACUAUUAGGGAAUCUAAUAGAACUAUUUCAUAUACUCAGUUGAAGGUGUUCUUGAAUACUGAAUAGUAAAACGCCUUGACAAAAAAAAAACUUUUUUUUUAUAUUGAACAGCAACCUCCAGGAAACCGACAAAAAAAUAGAAUCGAAGAUGAGGACGAAGAAGAGGAGGAUGAUGAGAAUUCAACAGAAGA